AUGGCGACCGCAGCGGCGCCGCCGGCGCCCCCCCCGGACGACUACGGGACGCCCGCGGAGGACCCGGGCUCGCCCGCGCGCCGCGGCUUGCCCCGCGUGUCGAUGUCGCUGCCAGGCAUUGCAGAGUAUGCCGAGGCCGACGCGUCGCCGCCGGCGAGCGCGCGCGACAGCCCGGCGCGGGACCGCACCACGGGCGCGCUGGUGCACUAUUUGAUCCUCGGGGACCCCGACGAAUACGAGAGUCAGCUCCAGAAGCAGGACCCAGAGGCCGCGGCCUCCCCGCAGCGGGUCGCCGCGCUGCCCGCGGAGUCCGAGCUCCCCGACGACCUGCGCGAGGCAGCGCAGUCGUAUCCGGCCGGCCGGGACGACAUCCUGCGGGUGUACGGGCGCCUCAAGGCGGACAGGCACACGAUGCUGGAGGCGCUCGCGGCCGUCCGCGCGCGGCGGCACCGGGAGGAGGGCACGAUGCACAAGCUCGCCCCGAUGCGGGCGUCCCUGAACCCGGAGCGGCAGGGCGCGUUCGGGCAGGGCACCAACUCGCUGUCGCGGUGGGAGGAGCAGCUGGACGACUGGGAGCGCACGCAGGCGCGGCUGGCGCGGCGCACGGGGCGGGACCCGGCGGCGACGGUGAUGAACCGGAACGAGUUCCACCGGCCGGAGGUGGAGCUGAAGGACGCGCUCGCGCGCGCGGAGCCGGCGCGCAACAAGUACAGCGUGGGCGUGUGGCAGAUGUCGCUGCGGGACUGCCACGAGCGGCCCGUGCAGGUGGGCAACGACUACCUGUCGGGCCUGUGGUGCGAGGCCGGGCAGCCGAAGAAGGACCGCGAGCCGCUGCAGCGCGUGGGGAAGCCGCGGCUCACCACGGACCGCAUGGGCACCACCGCCGCGCUGUUCGGCGGGGCGUCGGCGGGCCUGCGCAGCACGCGCACCCUCGCGGAGGAGCUCCGCGGCACCGCGGACGGUGAGGCGAUCCUGGGGCGCGCCGCGCUGCUCGGGAGCACGCGCCGCCGCGGGUGGCAGGAGGGCCCCGCGUUUGCCGACAAGGCGCGCCGCGUGUUCGGGAAGCUGGAGCGCGACCUGGGCCACGAGCCCGACAUGGAGGACCUCUUCGUCGAGGGGUCCUCGCUCGAGGACGCGCUGUGGGAGCGGGCGAGCCGCGAGGUGACGCUCUUCGACGUCGCGCACGCGCUGCGCGGCGCGCGGCCGGACGUCGCGCACGCGCUGCUGGACGCGGCCGAGCAGCAGCGCAACGCCAUGGCCGACAUCUCGUUCGCGGACCAGAGCGGGCACACGGGCGCGGCGAGCCUGGCGAGCGCGGGCCGCGCGUCGACCGCGGCGCCGCGCGGGGCCUCGGUGGAGCUGGAGGGCGCGCGCGUGCUCCUGCACGCCCCCGUGGGCGGGCACCAGCAGGGCUGCGCGGUCCUGCGGAACACGGGCUCGACCGUCCUGUACUACGAGUGGCAGCCCGUGGACCUGUUCCCGAGCGAGCUGUCGCAGGCGCGCAGGAUGGGCGCCGCGACGGCCGCGCGCGGGCGGGCCUUCACGCCGCCCAUGAGCGUCCUGGCGGCGCGCGACGCGACGGCGCAGGGCGGCCCCGCGGAGGCCCCGGAGUUCUUCCUCGUGGAGAAGGGCGGCUCGCUGCUCCCCGGGCACGCGCGCGCGGUGUACGUCGGGUUCAAGGGCUCGCGGCCGGGGAUGUCGACGGCGGCGUGGGAGCUCAAGCUGAAGCCGGAGCCCGAGGCCGGCGUCCCGGGCGCGCCCGACGCGCCCCUGCGGCUGGUGGCGCGCGGCGUGGCCACGCGGAGCGAGGGCAGCAAGCUGGAGCGCGAGGCCCUGGAGCGGCAGCUGGCGGAGCGGCAGAUGCGGGUGGCGGUGGCGAUGGCGGUGGACCGGGCGGUGGAGGACGCCGCGGACGAGACGCGGGCGGCGCGGCCGGAGCAGGACGUGGCGGGGUACAGCCUGGAGGAGCACGCGCUGUGGCAGAUGGCCUACUCGUCGUCGAGCGCGACGGUGGCGGGGGGCGCGGACGACCCGGACAUGCCGAUCCCGGCGUACUACUGGCCGGACAAGGUCCAGGCGGCGCGCGACGCGUACCUCGCGUGCCGCGACCUGCUCGUGAAGCCCGUGGAGCAGCCCAAGGGCAAGGCCAAGCCCGACCCCAACGCGGACGCGUACGCGGCGAAGCUGCCGGAGACGUGGCCGUGCAGCCUGAACCUGGUGGACGAGGCGGCGCGGCUGGUGGAGGAGGCCACGGCGGCGCUGUCGGAGAAGGACCGCGAGGCGUCGAAGGAGGCGCGCGCGGCGGCGGUGGACGCGGCGCGCGCGGCGGCCAGGGCGUGCCGCGAGGCGUCGGCGCUGCCGCCCACGCGGCGGCACAUGCUGUUCAACGCCUUCUGGGAGACGGUGUGCCAGGGCGUCGACGACGUCGAGACGCAGGCGGAGAAGCUGCGCGCGGAGAUGGAGGCGGCGGUGCGCAAGGCGCAGGAGACCACGCGGGCGGAGGAGGCGGAGGCGGAGGCGGAGGGGGAGGGGGAGGGGGAGGGGGGCGAGAAGGAGAAGCCGGACGCGAAGAAGGACAAGAAGGACGCCGAGGACGACGGCAAGGUGGCGAUCGACCACGAGCGGUUCGCGGCCAAGGUGGCCGCGCUGCUGAAGCGGCAGCUCAACCACGCGCUCAGCUCGAUGCCGCAGCGCAUCGUCGACCUCGAGCGCGGCAUCUCCGGCGCCGUCGACGCCCAGGUCCGCAAGCUGGUGAAGGCCGACACCGGCGCCGACGACGGCCACGACCACCCCUCGCGAGUGGAGCUGUCCGAGGGGCCCGCGUGGGAGCGCUACCAGUGGUACGCGCGGAAGACGUCGCUGCUGGACACGCGGUUCGAGCCGUUCUACCAGGACGCGGCGACGGUGUCGCGGGCGAAGAGCGCGCUGAAGAGCUCCGUCAGCAGGGCCGGGAGCAGCCGCGCCAAGACCGGGAGCAUGUCGAUGCGACGCCCCAAGUAG